UUGUCUAACACUUUCUUCCCUUCCCACAUCUGCGGCUGCAUCUCGAACCCACGUCCUUAAAGUCUUGAACUGAUCGCGUUCGCGUUUAUUUUCAGCGCAUGGAUGUUGAAAUGAGCAAGCCAUAUAAUUAUGACCAGCCUGGCCUGGAAGUGGGUUUGCCCCCUGCCCAGCCAGAUCAUGUGGGGUACCAGCAGUCUCCGUACACUCAAGCAGCAUCCAAGGAAGGACCGCCAUACGCCGGUCAAUCAACACCACCACCUCGCAUAUGUGGACUUCCAACGCGUACAUUUUGGAUUGUGUUUGCACUUGCGCUCCUGGUAGUAGGAGCGGCCUUAGGUGGAGGAUUGGGCGGUGGACUAGCAGCAUCACAUAAAGCUGCACAUGUACCGUCGGCCUCGAGUUCAAACACCGGGACACCACAACAGCAACAGUCUACAAGCCUUUCGUCUUCGACUGCAACUUCGACAUCGACUUCAUCGACUUCUGCGCCCUCAACAAUCUCUCCUUUCAGUACCUCACCAGGAACAUACCGCAUCAUCAACAUCCUUACGGACACAGCCAUUGAUCUGCUCUAUGGAGGAACAGCCAAGGGCACAGAAAUUGAAGCCUGGGAAUGGGAUCCUCACUCAACGCCGAGCAGUUACGUUCACCAGGCGUGGUUGAUAUCAGCUGUAAGCAACAACGUCGUAACUAUUUUCAACAUAGCAAGCAGCUCGUACCUCACCGCUCCCAGUGGCCUGAGCUCAGGUCAAGAUCCCAGCAACAGCACACUUGCGAUAAUAUAUGGUAGCGGCUCUACGGGGAGUCCUGGGGAUUCUUAUUCGCAGUUCACCAUCGUGAAAAAUUCAGACAAUAGUAUCAGUUUCCAAAGCGUCGCGUAUCAAACGAAAGUGCUGGAUGUGGCCGGUGGUGGAACAACGAACGGGAAUCCUAUCGUGGUGUGGGAGCCCAAUGGCGGUUUGAAUCAGAGGUGGAGAUUAUUGGCUUCGUGAUAUUUUUUUUGAGCGAUUGGGUUUGGGUCUGGCGCUGAAAGGAGGAGGGGAGGACCAGCCGGGCUGAACACGACAUGUACAUCUUCACGAUCAG